AGCACAAAGACACAAGUAGAUUUACCGUUCUCCAAUGGCUCCAAGCUUCAACGAUGAGAACUCACUCUUCAACUUCGUGGUAAAAGAUGGCAACGGUGUCAAAGGUCUGGUGGACUCCGGCCUCACAGAGGUCCCCAGCCGCUACAUCCAACCAUCCCACCAGCGAAUCAACAAGCAAGAAGCAGCCACCGCAUUGCUGGAAAACAUGGCCAUUGAUCUAUCAGAGCUCGAUGGAGCUAACCAUGAUCAAGUGGUCAAGGCCAUUGCCCAUGCUGCUGAAACCCUAGGGUUCUUUCAGGUGGUGAACCAUGGUGUACCAUUGAAGCUUCUUGACUCACUCAAAGUUUCAGCCCACCAGUUUUUCAGCCAACCACCUGAAAAGAAGGCGGUGUAUCUCAAAGAGGUGAGCCCUAGUCCGAUAGUCAAGUAUGGAACAAGCUUUGUUCCUGAGGUAGAGAAAGCUUUGGAAUGGAAAGAUUAUAUUAACAUGGUUUACACCAAUGAUUCCGAUGCUCUUGAGUUCUGGCCUAAUGAAUGCAAAGAAGUGACACUGGAGUACAUAAAGACAUCAAAGGAGAUGGUGAAAAGGCUAUUACAAGAACUAAUCGGAAACCUUGGAGUGAAUUUAGACGAUUCAAGACUUGAAUCGCUUAUGGGUUUAAGGAUGGUGAACAUGAACUUCUACCCGACCUGCCCGAAUCCAGAGCUGACCGUUGGUGUUGGGCGACACUCGGAUAUGGGCACCCUAACGGUGCUUCUACAAGAUGGAAUCGGUGGAUUAUACGUGAAAAAAGGUGAAAACUCAUCAUCAGGAAACGAAGAGUGGAUUGAGAUUCCACCUAUCGAUGGUGCUCUUGUGAUUAAUAUUGGCGAUAUUUUACAGAUCGUAAGCAAUGGGAGGUACAAAAGUGCGGAACACAGGGUACGAACCACAAGCAGUGCAUCGAGAGUGUCGGUCCCAAUAUUCAACGUCCCACUUCCCGUGGCAAAGAUAGGUCCUUUGCCAGAGUUGGUGGCUCGUGAUGGGGUUGCUCGAUAUAGGGAACUCGUAUUCCAAGAAUACAUGAACAACUUCUUUGGGAAUGCUCAUGAAGGAAAGAAGUCACUUGAUUUUGCAGCUAUUUAACCUCUCAU